AUGCACCACAACGCGCUGUUUUUAACAACUAUUACUGUAUUUUAUGUUGCUGCACAUAAAUUUGGUUAUGAUGCAGAAGAUGGACCGAGCACGUGGCGAGGCGUAUGUCAAACUGGGAAGCGUCAGUCACCUGUAGACAUUAAAGCAUUUGAAAUAGAAAUUGCACCUUUAGAUCCUUUACAAUUUCUGAACUACGAUCUCACCGGUCAUAUUCACCUGGCAAAUAAUGGACAUACUGUGGUUGGUUCCGGUUUUGAAAGAUGGGGUGAGAAGCGACCGUAUAUCUCUGGUGGCGGUCUUAAUGGUACCUACCAACUGUCACAGUUUCACUUUCACUGGUCUCAACAAAAUGAUACUGGAAGUGAACAUACCAUUGCUUCAUUGCAUUAUCCUGGCGAAUUGCAUUUAGUGCAUAUCAAGAAUGACCCGUCUCCAGAUGAAGUGAACACCAUUGCUGUCGUGGCUGCAUUUAUAAAACUUGAUGAUCAUGCUGAAUCAUUGCACAAUCUUAAACCUUAUGUCCAUAAUAUCAAAAUGCCGAACACCGAGCUUGUGGUACCUGGUUUUAGUGUCAGCUCAUUGCUUCCAGAGCAUAGGGAAAAUUUCUAUAGGUAUGAAGGAUCACUGACAACGCCUGGUUGUGAUGAGGCUGUGGUAUGGACAUUAAUGGCGGAUCCUAUCGCAGUCACUCCAUCACAAAUGGGAGCAUUUCAUCAGGUGCAUUUUGCAUCAGGAAAGACUGGACACAAUUGGCGUCCAACACAACCACUCAACGGUCGUAAAAUACUAUUUCGCCCUUCAAUCACUUUAAGAAGUUUUAAAAGUGGUGGUGUUAUGUUGAAGCCAGUUUUCCAACCGCUUCUAAGUAUUUGGCUGUAUGGAAUAUAUCAUAUUAUUUCGUUUUUUUAG